AGAAGAAGAAGAAGAAGCGCUGUUUUUUUAUUUUUUUAUUUAAUCUUCCGUGUAAGGUUUAUGAAUGAUUUCAUCUUCCGUGUGUCGCUUGUUAACUUGAGGCUACCUGCAUGUUAGGAGAGUUGUUAUUUCGCCGCUGCUGCUACCAUCAAGUUCGUCUAAAUGGAUUAUAGUGCAACCCAAAGUGGGUUCAGACAGCAGCCUAAUAUGCGUCUAAGGAAUAGCUUCAUGGACAGCUCAGAUGACAGCCAGCUGUUUGACGAUACAAGUAGGGCCGGGGCUACAUCACAGACAGGCUACAGGAACCAGCAGGCUGGGCCUCAAGCAGCAGGAUUUCCUGGCCAGUCCCUUCUGUCAGACCCUAUGUCUAACCUGGCCGUGGCAUAUGGCAGCUCACUGGCAUCCCAGGGGAAGGAAAUGGUGGACAAGAAUCUGGACAGGUUCAUCCCGAUUUCUAAACUGAAAUACUACUUUGCUGUGGAUACACUGUAUGUGGGAAAGAAGCUGGGCCUUCUAGUUUUCCCUUACAUGCAUGAGAACUGGGAGGUGAGCUACCAGCAGGACAUUCCUGUGGCCCCACGCUUUGAUGUGAAUGCUCCUGAUCUUUACAUUCCUGCCAUGGGCUUCAUCACAUACAUCCUGGUGGCAGGACUGGCCCUUGGCACACAGAACAGGUUUUCCCCAGAGCUGCUGGGAGUUCAGGCCAGCUCAGCGUUUGUGUGGUUGAUCAUGGAAGUCCUGGCUGUCCUGCUGUCACUCUACCUCGUGACUCUAAACACGGACCUCACGACCAUAGACCUGCUCGCCUUUUCUGGCUACAAAUAUGUCGGGAUGAUUGUAGGUGUAGUAGCAGGCCUGUUGUUUGGGAGGCCAGCAUAUUAUCUCUCUCUACUGUGGUGCUGUGCUGCCAUAUUUGUCUUUAUGAUCCGCACUCUGCGUCUGAAGCUGUUAUCGGAAGUGGCGGCUGAGGGGCGACUGGUAAGAGGAGCCAGAAACCAGCUAAGGAUGUACCUCACCAUGUCUAUAGCAGCGGCACAGCCCAUCUUCAUGUACUGGCUCACCUACCACCUCAUCAGAUAAAACCUGACACACACACUCUCUCACAUUCAUUCACUCACUCAUGUAGAUAAACUAAACGCCAUCUCACCCCCCCUUAGAAAACAUUCGACACAGAGAAGCUGGACUUGGAUGAAAACAGUUGUAUUUAUAUCCCAUUACUUUCCAGACAAACAAAACUGCACAUUCAUGAGGCUUACUCCAUGUACGCAUAGAGCAAAACGAAGACGAUAAAAAGAACAUGCGAGGAUUUAGUUUUUUCUCACAGCACAGCCCCAUUUUCAUUUUUUUGUCUUCAAAGAAUUGUAGCAAGAGCAAAAAGCUUUGUUUUUCUAUACUGUGUAAUUUAAUUGUUUUUUAGUGAUAUUUAUGUAUAGAAAGUAUUAUUGCAGAAGUUGCUCUUCUCUGAUUUCUCAUAAAUGUUUGAGCCAGCUGAAAGAAAGCAAACUAACCUCACACCAACCGUCCAUUUAAUGUAAAGGAAGAACUCAAAUCCAGGUUUAACAGUGGUCGACUGGCUCCGCUCUGUUUGUUUCAUGGCUGUGAAAGGUCACACGCUGGUCUGUCACUGUUGGACCUGGAAGCAAGGACUGUCUUACUGGACUGUAGGUGUAGUAGCACCUCCAUUUUAUCUGUUUAAUCUUUUUUGUAUGUGCUUUGAUACAUGUAUGACUUUGGCUGCCUGACAAGUUGUGAAUAUAAUUAUCAACUGUGUAAAACAUGGAUCUCAUGGUGAGCUGAUUUUGAUAUCCUUUUAAAAACCAGUAAGUUAUUUUACUGCUUUUCAUUUUGAUAGAUGAAAAAGGUGGAGAGAGGAGGCGGCCUUUUCCACGAAGUCUCCGUCAGAUAGUUAAAUGUCAAAUGCUUUUUUGUGCCUGUAGAUUAUCUGUCACUAUAAGUAUGCUGUCUAAAACAGGGUAGACGUUGCAUUCACUUGAAUUCAUUCUUUCUUUUCAAAGGUCUUGACAAGUGCACAUUUGUGUAAGUCGCAGCAUUUGAUUAAGAAUGACUAAUUCUGCAUAGACUGCUGUCUGACCAAAGAAAGCUGUAAAUUACAAAGAACCAGCCAGCCCCCUGCCUUGGCUAGCUCCUUGUUUUUCUGUGUAUCUUUCCUUCAGGAUAUGCAUACUUGAGUCCUACUCUAAAGGUGUAACUUCUUUUUGCAUUCAGAACCCUAAGAGCCAUUUGUCUCACCUGUCAGGAUGACUACAGUAUGAACAACCCAGGGCCAAGAUCCAGGGAUCUACAGCAUGGCCAGGGGAAGGUAACCAGGGCAGGAGAGCCAGAGAAGGAGUUGGCAGGUGAACAGGGGCCCUGGGGAAGGUAGCUAAGGCAGGACAGGAAGGGAGGGAGCUGGCUGGUGCCUGUAUCAAGAACUUGGGGCCUAUACUGAGCCACACUCCCUGGCUCUCCAGCCCUGGUUACCUCCACCUGGCCCCACUGCAGGCCCCUGGUUCUUGGCCCUGGGGCACCUGCCAGCCCCCUUCCUGGCUCUCCUGCUGACUGGCUCUGGCUUUU